AUGUUCCAGCCAUUUAAAGAUCUACCCAAAGCUUUGGUGGAUCUUUUUGAAGAUAUCUACAUGAAUAUCAACAAAGACCCACAAGAAUCAAAAGCCUACCAAACAGCACUCAUUAUAUUCCGGUGGCUCUUGUGUGCACAGGCGCCUGUCCCAGUAGAGGACCUCGUUCGGGCUCUCGAUGUGUAUAUGGCGGGAGACAGCAUUGGCUGCGAUGCAGGAGCCACAGAUCUUUCCGUACCCAUGGUGCUUGAGUGUUGUCAAGAUCUGAUCGUGGUUGACAAAGAUAGCAACGAAUUCCGUUUCGUCCACACGGCUGUACGUGACUUUCUUGAACAGAAAGAUGAGUUGCAGCCGCAGGCACAGCAUGCAGCUGUGGCUGAUCUCUGUUUAGCCACUGUGAAAAGGUUUGCGUUCGAAACAAUGGCUAUAUCCUCCCUAACUCGUGACAUAUUCUACUACUACGUAGUGGUUUAUUGGGCUUUGCAUGUAGCGCAGGCAGGCCAAGAGCAUGGCAUUGACACCAUAAACGACGCAUUGAAUGACCUGUGCCAGGAGCUGCCGUGGUUCAAAUCCUGGCUUCCCCAGAUCCAGCCCGCUUCUUCGCUUGUUCUUGAGUGGAAUGAUCCCCAUAAAGACAAAAUAAUCCAGGCUCUUAGCUCACCAGCUACCUCAUUUUUCACUGCCUGUGCGUUUGGGUUCAACAAUGUCGUUCACUACCUUGUACAAUUGAAAAAGGAUCUACUAGACAAGAGGAAUGACUUGGGCGCCAUGGGCCUCCACCUUGCCGCUGGAUAUGGUCACCUGGAAAUUGCUGAGGCGCUCUGCAGAGCAGGAGCUGAAGUGGAUCCCAUCGAUAAUGACGGCGAGACCCCACUGAUUCGGGCAGCUGCGGGGGGCUACGAGGCGCUGGUCUUGAUGUUGCUAAAGGCAGGCGCCAGCGUUCGAACACAAGGCCGAUGGUAUGGUACAGCGCUACAUGGCGCUGCCCUUCAUGGUCAUGUGGGUGCGGUCAGAAUUCUUCUUGAUCAUGGCGCUGAUAUCAAGGCUACUGGUGGCCAGUUUGGAACGGCCCUACACGCCGCCUGUCUUCGCGGCCAUGUGAGGGUAGUCAAGCGACUUCUGGACGCUGGAGCAGAGGCAGAAGUACCAGAUCGAACCGAAAUUAAAAGUGAGAUACUCGAAGAGUCUAAAGGUGGGUGUACAACGGCCGCCAGCAUCCUCAGUGUCGUUAAGGGCGUACUGGAACAGGAACGAGCAAGUGUAUUCGGGACUCGCGGUUAUCCAUCUAAGCCGCGAGAGAGCGAGGCGACCUUUCAGUUACUGCUAGAUCAAGACGUGGAUUUGAACAUCUUACCGGAAGGGUUUGGUUUACCAUUGCAUACUGCGGCUCGAGCGGGCCAUGAAGCGGUAGUCAAAGUACUGCUAAACUAUUCUGGGAUAUCACCGAACAGCAUAGGCGGCGAAUAUGGAUCUGCGCUGCAAGCUGCCGCCUUAUCUGGCCGCACGAGCAUUGUUAAACAGCUUCUCAAUGCUAAAGCUUACCCCGACAUGCAAGCUGGGAAGUACGGUACGGCGCUGAUCGCAGCUUGCCGCCAGGCUAGCCUUGGAGUUGUGGAGCUUCUUCUGACAUCGGGCGCUUCAGUAAACGUCCAGGCUGGCGUGUAUGGCACCGCCCUUCAUGCAGCGUGCCGCAGUGGUAAUCAUCUCUUGGUACAGCGGUUGUUGAAUUCAGGAGCCGAUGUCAAAUUGACCGGGGGGGAAUAUUGCACCGCUUUACAAGCAGCAGCUCGAGAUGGAUAUGAAAAGUUAGUGCAGCUUUUACUUCAGCACGGUGCUGAUGUCAAUGUCAAGGGCGGAUCUUUUGGGAGUGCUCUGCAGGCUGCCGCUGUGGGUGGCUAUAAGCGGGUGGUGAUGUUGUUGAAGGCCGACGCAGAUGUGGACGAUGGUCUGGAGCUUGCCUGUCUGGGUGGUCACCAAGAAGUUGCUGAGCUUCUGCUGGCCUACGGAUCAGAUCUGAAUCACUCUAGCCGUGCCUUCAAGAGCCCGCUACAAGCGGCACUGGUAGGACGCCACGCUUCCCUCGCGCGGUGGCUACUUGAAAAGGGGGCCAAAGCUAUCAGUUCCUCUUGGGGCACAAGUCUCCAACUUGCAGCACUGGCUGGGGAUGCGGAGCUCGUUGGCUUAUGCCUCAAACAGGGCGCAGACCCUUGGGAAAAGGCCUGUGUGAUUGACGAAAAGGGACUCCAGCAAUUCGGCGUCAACCUACCAAUUUGUACCAAAGGGUCUUCUCCAUUUCCCAUGGUAAUCGCGGUGGCGGGAGGUUAUAUCCAGAUUGUCACGCUAUUACUGGAUGCGCAACCACCCGACGCCUCUAUGAGAAGUGAUGAUCGCGACAACUCCAAUGAUGAAUUCAGUUCUGACUUUCACGAUAUGUACUUGGCCUGGUCCCCUGUCCAACGCGGCCUGUAUGAUGCACUGCUGUUGGCAUUAGAGACAAACCAAGAGGAAAUAGUCAGCCUACUGCUGCACCAUGCUCUUCCCAUUGAUCCUGAAACAAUUGAGUAUGCAUGUGGAAUGGCGAAACCUAGCGUGGUAAUUUCCUUGCUAGAACUAGCAGAGAAACAUACGCCAGAGCAGAAUAACCACUACAAAAACCUGUAUGCCCUAUCAAAGGCGGCCAGGAACGGAAAGCUCGAGCUCGUGGAGCUACUCUUGCCGCGGGUUGUGAAGAGCAAGAAAUUGGUUUCAGGCGAUCUGGCAGAAGCUCUACACAAUGCAGUAUAUUGUGAGAGUCUGGAGAUGGUCAACCAGUUGCUUGAAUAUGGUGCGGAUCCUACCCUGGAGUCUGACUCCUUCAAACAAUCCUGCUAUGCCAAGCUCGAUUUUAACGGGGUUACAUUGAGCGCGGCAGUGAGUGAUGGGCAGAGAGACACUGUGCGGGCCAUGCUGGUUAAUAAAGCAAGCAUUGACAUGAGUGACUAUUAUUACGGCACAGUUCUCCAGAGGGCCGCACAUACUGGCGCGGAAGACAUACUUACCGACCUGCUGGACAGUGGUGCCGACGUAAAUGCUGUCGGUGGCUUCUACGGCACGGCAGUGCAGGCGGCAGCAGCGGGUGGGCACGAGAGCAUUGUGCAACGACUCAUUUGUGCCGGAGCAAACCUGCACUACCAAGGUGGGCUACCGGACAUAUGGGUGUCUCGAGAGAUACAGCAGGAUUGGCAAAAUUAUUGCUCAAGUGAGGAUCUGCAGUGGUGGAAGAAACUCACCAAGAAGUUCAACCAGGUUGCCGAAGCACACCCGAUACGGAAGCAAAGUGGCUUUCAUGGCACCGCACUUCAAGCAGCUGCAGUGACAGGAAAUGCCAAGAUUGUGGCCAUGCUGAUAGAGGCUGGUGCAGACAUCAACGACAUCGACUGGUUCGGACAAACGCCCCUCCACCGGGCCGCGUACUACGGGCACAGCGUGGUAGUGACUCUUUUACUGGCCAAGGGGGCCGAUAUUGAAGCUAUCGACCGUGAAGGCCGCAGUCCCAUUCUUCUCGCUGCAUCAAUGGGCCAUCGAGAGAUAUUCGCUUGCCUUUUGACCUUAGCGACGGAAUCUGGUACUAACUCUGUGGUCCAGGAACAGCAGCUGCUCCAUUCGGCAUCACGAUAUGGGCAUAUUGGUAUCAUUGAACACCUGAUGGCUGAGAGAAACAUCGUGGAGCGAUUAGAUGACAACGGGCAGACUGCUUUGUUUAUCGCCGCCUCAAAUGGGCAAUGCCCAACAGUGCGCUUUCUCAUCGACAAAGGGAGCGAUAUCCAUCAUCGCGCUCAUGACAGACGAACAGCACUCCACUUUGCCGCAGAGUCUGGCCAUGAUGAUGUAGCUCGUCUCCUUUUGAAAUUCGGGGCCAACAUGCUUGCAGUGGACAACAGUGGCCAGUCAGCGUUGCAUUAUGCGGCUUCAAAUGGCCAUAGUAAAGUGGUUUAUCUCCUCAUGGAGCAAGGUGCACCACCAAAUCUACAGGAUUACUCGGGCAUGACACCACUGCAUCUCGCAGUUCGUUCAGAGAGCAGUGAAACAAUCGUGUUCUUGCUCGACAAGGGAGCCAACGUCAAUGCAAAGGCCAACAACGGGGAUACACCCCUCGAGUCCUUACCGCGGUCUGGAGCUCAUUUGAGGAGCCUGCUCCUCAGACGUGGAGCAACGGAUUUCAGUGAUGGAGAAGAGCCCUCUGAUAUCACAAGAAACUCAUCUAGUGCAAGUGAUUUUGUAUCAAACAGGCAUCGGUGGAAUACAUACAGGCGUCGGUGGAGCAGCCCCGUGGGUUCGCGAAGGUGGCACCGCCGUCGUGGCAGGAGCGAAAGUACCGGCAUGGAGUCGAAGGACGCAAUUUGCUCGAGUGAGAUGGGUUCCAUAUCAGAGAGGCCUUCUCUUCUUCCUGAAAAUAGGGUUGAAAUAGAUCGUGACAAUGUCGCUGAUCCUGAAAGAAAGGACGAUAAAAAGAAUGAAGAUGUGGCUGAUAAACAGAAUUCUAAUCAUAUGACUAGGAUGACUGGGGAGGUAUACAUGUUCAUGAUUACAAUAAUGAUCAUGAUGGUAGUGGUGUUACUGGCGCUAAUGAUGGUUACAGUAGUGGUUAUAACGAUCGUGAUGUGGACCAUGCUGAGUAUCAUCAUGAUGAGAUGGGCAAUGAAAAUACUAUCUUAG